GAUUUUAGCAUAGGUCUGAUAAUAUUAAAGUGAGUUCCAGAAGUAAUCAAGGACAAACUUUUGUUCCCAUGUCACCUGUUUUGUUUUUGUUUUUUAAAUGCUCUUUCGUGCCUGCCACGUUUAGAUUCAUUUUAGGGAUCAUCUAGGGUGAUUUUGCAGUGCUGGAGCAAUAGGAAGGGGGUGUCCCCAGAAACCACUUAUGUGGGUGAUGCUGGCAUCAGAGUUUUCCCCAUUCUUGUGAAAGACAAUCAUAUGCUUGUAGUGGACACUAAAUAAAUAAUGAUUGAUGGUGAGAAAGAGGAAGUUUUUUCUGUGUAUGAGAAGUGAGAAUGGCAGAGUAAACUGUGUUCUGUUUUCAUUGCCUCUCAUAACUUUAUACGUGACCUUCUGCCUAUUUUUCCCCUCUAAUCUGUCUUUGUGCAUGUGGAAAACUGUUCAAAACUGAAUUCUUAUAUUAUUAUGAGUAUUAACGGAGGAGUUCAUGUAAUACAUUAAAAACCUCUGGUAAAAUUUUUAUAGAAUCAUAAUUUUUAGCUCUAAAAAGGACCUACAAUUUUAGUCUCUAGAAAAAAAAGGACUUUUAUAACAAAAUCAAUAAAGAAAUGUUAUUUUAAAAAGGUGAAAAUUCCAUUUUCUGAUUCUGAUUCCUUGCUUUUACUGGUUUUUAGUGGAAAAAUAAUUGGAUAGUCAGAGGACUGCAUUUCCAAACAACAGAAGAAUGGUCGGCUGUUAAAUAUUUCUGGCAUAUUCACAGUUAUGACAUUAUUUCAGAUCUUAAGACUAAAGAGGUAAUUCAUUUAGUUUAGUGGAUCAAGGGAAUAUGCUCUCUAGUUAGCUCUUUAAAAAUCUCAUUCAGUGCAGUAAAUAUUUAUUGAAUGCAUUGGCAUAGUCACUGCAGUGCAUUCAUUAAUGAAUAAUAAUAACUAGCCUGCAUACAGUUCAAGAUUUACAUCCUAAAAGACAAUUGGCCAAAAAGUUGGUGUUCACACUCUUGUUCUUUUUAGCGGUGGGUGAAUUCAAGAAGAACUAGGCAGUUGAUGUGAAAAUUCUGUGUGGUGAUCUACCCUCGCAUUAGAGGCCAUUAUUAGUGCUUUUGACUUUGGCAUCAGGUAAAGCUGAUUAUUCUGGCUCUCACUCAUAUGGCUAUUUGACCUUGAAUAAGUUCUUUAACCCUUCUAAACUUCAGAUUCUUUAUCUGAAAAGGAUUACGAAUAUUAACUCCUCAUAUAGUCAUAAAGAUUAAACGCUGUGUGUAACAGCAUUCAGCAAACCCUUGGUGCAUGUGGUUAAGGUUCAGUAAACAGUGAACUGUUGCUGAUUGCUGUCAGCUUUGUAUUCACGAGAGCUGUCUAGCUUGACUUAGUUUACUAUGGGAUUUUUCUGUUUGGGGCAAAUUUGAAUAUAGCUCUUCAGGUGAUGUUGAAGGUAGGUAUAAUUUUCCUGAAUACUUGAAUGUUUGGGUUCGCUGAAUAUAAUUUUCUGUUCCCACUGGACACUAGAUUCUAUAGACACCUUUUGGACCCAUUUAAUCUGUAAACAGCCCUUUACAGAUGAAGAAGCUGAGGGCCAGAGAAAUGGAGUAACUUGCCCCCAAUUACAGACUUUGGAGAUCCUGGAGUCUGAAUAUUAACCAGGCCUGUCCUGUUUCGGAGGUGCUGUGGCGCCUUAAUAACAUAGGUCAAAGAGGUCAGAUGAAGCACAGAGCGUCUUGAAGACAGAUAACUUCUUGUGUGUGGAGUUUAUACAAUCUCAGCUUUGAAGGAACUUUUGAAAUUAAAAAAAUUUAGUUAAAAAAGUUUUAAAUGUUAGUUUACCCACAGAGUGUGAUUUUCUGCUGUAACAGGUAGUUCUCGAUGAGUGCCGUAUCCCCUGCAGGGCACACUUGGUUCCCCAUGGUUAUCAGAAUGGGGGGCACUACGGGCAUUUACUUGGGGGGCGGUAGAGGUGCCAAAUGCCCUGUAAUGAGUGGGACGGUUCUAGACAACAAGCGGUUGUCCCUUACACUCAGGAAUUUUGUAUCUUCUGUAGGACCUAUGUGAAUAUUUAUUGGGACAUUCUAAAGAAAAGAGUUCUAAAUUACUAUGUUUGCAAAUACCCAGUUAUUGGGGGUGAUUAGGUGGCUCAAUCGGUUAAGCAUCCCACUUCGGCUCAGGUCAUGAUCUCAUGGUUCCUGGGUUCAACCCUGCAUGGGCUCUCUGCUCUCAGCAAGGAGACUGCUUGGGAUCCUCUGUCUCCCUCUCUCUCUCUGCCCCCCUCUCUCUCUCUGCCCCUCCCUGACUCGUGCACUUACUCACUCUUUUUCUCUCCCCCCCCUCCAAAAUAAGUGAAUAUUCAGGAAAAAAAAAAGAAAGAAAGAAAUACCCAGUUAUUAUUUAUGGCACUAGUUUUUAUUUUAAUGUUCUAUGCAUUACACCCCAGCCCCAUUAUCCACCCCUUCUUAUCCCCCUCACCUCUGCUUUUCAUUUUCCUAUUUUCGUUUGUAAUGAAAUUGUUUCUGAUCCCAUUUCUCCUAUAGCUAAAUUUGCCCUAUAGAAGUAGGUGCAAGCAUCUGAGUAUUUCAUUAUGUCUUUUAGUGAACUUGUGGCUGAGAAUUUACUUACUGAAAUACUUGUUAUAAGUCACUUUCCUUUGGGCAUUUUAUUGAUUUCAUACAAUUAACUGUGUACCUAGGUUAUAUUAGCUAUGAACUUCAUUUCAGUGUUAUAAGGGGCAUAUUAUAAAAUACACAUUUAUUUAGAUGAAGGGUGUUGAUUUGAUAAGAUUGAGAGCUGCUGGUCUGCAGCGAUCUCUUGAAGCGGUUGUUCACCUUGUGCUUAGUCACGUUUGGAGAUUAGGAAGCCAACCUGUCUGGAGGCGGCUCUUUGCAUCUGUCUGUGAGACAGUUCUUCCUUAUGUUAAGCCAAGACCCCUCUCCCUCCGUAUCUUAUGCUUGGUCCUAGGUAUUCCUAUUCCCCUUGAAGAUCUAUUGGUACAAGCCUAAAUCUGAGACCAGAUAAGAUCUUUCAGAUGUUUGAGGUAGCUGUCAAGUUCAUCCCAACUCUUUUCAGGCUAAACCUGAUGAGCUCCCUUGACUAUUAAUCUUAAAACUUAGUUUUACAUCACUUAACCAUCCUGUUUCCUCCACUUUCCUGGUAUUUCUCCUAUAGUGUAAGACCUAGAGUUAAAUGCAGUCAUUUUAAUAUAUUCUAAUCCUCAAGAAGGGUGGCACAGACCAUCAUAAUCUUUUUUAUUCUGGGCUGAUUAAGUGGGAUUGUUCUGUUUGCUUUGAAGGGAAGGGCAGUAGAAUCACACUGCUGGGUGUAUGGAGCUUAUUAUCACCUAAAAGUGCAGAUCAUAUUCACUUGUGCUAAUGCUAAACUCUGUCUCUUUCAUUCCUUAGUUCUUUACCCAUAUGUGAAACCUCAGGUUCAUAUGGGGUAAAUUCUACCUUCUUACAGACUGUUGAGGUCUGUCUGAAUCCAAAUACUAUUAUCUGAGGUGGUAUUUACCCCUCUUCCAAAAGUUUAACGAGGAGGCCCCUAUUUUCAUCCAAGUCAGUGGUAAAUUUACUGAUGAGGAUGGAGGCUAAGAACAAAUACUGCAUUAAGCUAUUAGCAUCCUCCCUCCAGGCUGAAGUUAGAGGUCAGCUCCCUGCUCUGGGCUGGUCAGCACAUAGCUCUUGGCACAGUGGUUCAGUGCUUUCCUUUAUGGGUCUAAUCAUAGAAGCAUCCACCCAUGUCCAGCCCACAUUUCUCCAUCUUAUCGAUAAGCGGAUCAAAAGAAACUUAUCAAAUGCCUUUAAGUAGUUACACUGUGUUUACCUCAUUUCCUUAAUGUAUGAGAACAGUAUCUGUGUCCAAGAGGGAAAUUAGGUCAGUGUAAUUUGAAUAAGCCAUCAUUCCUCCCCUCCACUGGAUCUGUACUCCAGCCAUCCCAGACCACUCAGGAUUCCCUGAUCAUCAUACAUUCUCUGAUGACAGCUUGCACAUCCUCAGUCUGCCUAAUGAGCCCAACCUCUCUUCUGCAUGCAUCAUUGGGGAAGCUCUUAGCAGAGUUAGUUGCUUUAGUUGCUUCCCCUCCGUGCUCUGCCCAUAUCAGAGGACUUGCCAUUUGUCUUACGAGCCAGUGGGUUUUGGUUGCCUGUUCCACCUGAACUUCCUGGCCCAUGAAUGCUGUCUUCAUCAUGUGUCUCCAGUAGGGUACUUGGUCCAAGGUACAGGCUUCAGAAAGGGGUCUGCUCAUUUGUUGUUGUUCUGCUGAAUCAUUGGUUUUCUGUAAAUAUUCUGUAUCCCAGGUUUCACUGCCUCCUGUUCCAAGUCCUGGCUAACCUGCCUGUAGUGAUCAUUUCUAAUGUUUUGCUGGGAAUCUAUGCAAUGGUGUGCAGUGUGUAAUUUGCACAAUCCCUUUGCUUACUUUUGUUGAAAAUUAAAAUGUAUUUGCCCAACAAUUUGUAUGUAAGUGUUGGAUCACAGGGAUCUACUCCCAAAGCCAAGACUACACUGUAUGUUAGCUAACUUGACAAUAAAUUAUAUGAAAAAAAUAAAAAAUAAAAAAAAUUUGUAUCAGUGUCUAAAAUAAAAAAAUUUAAAAAAAAAUGUAUUUGUGCACUGUUAUGCUGCUGGCACUCUUCACACCUUUGACAAUCCCUGACCUUGCCAGUGACUUUUUAGAAAUCUCAUUUGUACAUUCUCUUAGAUGGAACGUACAGAAUGAUCUAGCUAGCCUAGAGAUGGGUCUUCAUUUAAAGUAUCUAGGAGCUUUGAUAAAAUCUCUCUACUUUGCUCCUUUUAUAAACUCUACACACAGCAUGAGGCUUGAUCUCAGGACCCCAAGAUCAAGAGUUGCAUGCUGUACUGACUGGCCCAGCCAGGCACCCCUCUCCCUACUUCUCUUCAAUGAAACUCACAUUUGUUUAAUUCUUUAUGGCUCUAAUUUCAGUUCCCUAGGCAAAGAGUAAUGGAAUAAGAGCUGAUGAGUUCUCCAUUUAUUUUGCCAUCUGUUGGCUUUGUCCCAUUUUUCCAAGUAGCAGACCAUUGGCCUGUCCUUGAUCAUCACCUUGAUUCAGGCAUGACUUUUUUGCUUUGGGUUGCUGUUAGGUUCUGUUUUCUAUUGUUUUGGUUUUCUGACACACAUUUGUUUACUUGGGGGUGUUAUCUCCUUGCUGCUCCCCUUACAUGUUUGUGGCACCCUUUUGUACCUAUUUCUACGUCUUCCCAGGUUUUUUGUUAAAGAGAGUAUUCAAAUCUGACCUUGGUUAAUGCUGAAAUUUGAACAUCCUUCCUUUGUUUAGAUGUGUAGCUUUGAGAACGACUGAACACCUACUCUAUUUCUGUAGAAGUGUAAGCAUUUUCUGGAAGGAAGUAUCUGCAUUAGAAAGGUUCAGUUUAGUCUGUUCCUUAAGUGGCCAACUUAGCGUGACCAAGCCUCAAAGCAUGUUCUAGCCAGUAUUUCAUUUGUAUAAUAGGAAACAUGUUGUUGGGAAAACAGUUUAUGGCCAUGAUAGGUACACUGGUGUUUUUCUAGUCUGGGCUGGUUAUACUUGAAUGUGCAAGGGGCUGCAAGCUAUCAGAUGCAAAGUCAGAAAGCCACCCUGGGCUGUGUGGGUCCACACGGGUUUAUUGUGCUUAGGGAGUCUCCUGUAGCUCUGUGCUUAAAUUCUUUCUGAGUGGUGCCACGGUCUCAAACAGGGAGCACUUUGCUGGUAAUACAGUAAAUAUUCUGUCUUCAACGCAGUUCUUACGAGGGUUAUGACUCACUGAUUAAAAAGAAGGACUUUUCCAAAUACUUUGCAUUUUGAUUGUAUAUUAUGGAUACCAAGGAAGAGAAGAAGGAACGAAAACAAAGUUAUUUUGCUCGAUUGAAAAAGAAAAAACAGGCCAAACAAAAUGCAGAGACAGCCUCAGCUAUUGCCACAAGGACCCACACUGGAAAAGAGGAUGCGAAAGCAGUCAUUUUAGAACAAGACAAAUGCAACAUUGCUGUGGAAGAGGAAUAUAUUACUGAUGAGAAAAAAAAGAGAAAAAAUAAUCAGUUAAAGGAGAUCAGGCGUACAGAACUGAAGAGAUAUUAUAGUACUGAUGACAAUCAAAACAAAACACAUGAUAAAAAAGAGAAGAAGAUGGUGGUUCAGAAGCCCCACGGUACUAUGGAAUACACUGCUGGAAGCCAGGACACCCUAAACUCCAUAGCCCUGAAGUUUAACAUCACUCCCAAUAAAUUAGUGGAACUGAAUAAACUUUUCACACAUACUAUUGUUCCAGGCCAGGUCCUUUUCGUGCCAGAUGCUAACUUUCCUUCCAGUACCUUAAGAUUAUCAUCAUCCAGUCCUGGUGCUACUGUGUCUCCUUCAUCAUCAGAUGCAGAAUAUGAUAAACUGCCUGAUGCUGACUUAGCAAGAAAGGCCUUAAAACCCAUUGAAAGAGUCUUAUCAUCCACUUCUGAAGAAGAUGAGCCAGGCGUGGUAAAAUUUCUAAAAAUGAAUUGUCGAUACUUCACUGAUGGAAAGGGUGUGGUCGGAGGCGUCAUGAUUGUUACUCCAAACAACAUCAUGUUUGACCCUCACAAGUCUGAUCCCCUGGUCAUUGAAAAUGGUUGUGAGGAGUAUGGCCUCAUUUGCCCCAUGGAAGAGGUGGUUUCCAUUGCCCUCUACAACGACAUUUCCCACAUGAAGAUCAAAGAUGCCUUGCCAUCUGACCUACCUCAGGAUCUUUGUCCUCUGUACAGGCCUGGAGAAUGGGAAGACCUGGCUUCAGAAAAAGAUAUCAACCCAUUCAGUAAGUUCAAAUCUCUCAACAAGGAAAAACGGCAGCAGAAUGGAGAGAGAACCAUCACUUCAGAUUCCAAAUCAACAAGACCUCUGGAGAAGUCAACAGAAUACACACACAUAAAACCCUCAGAUAGCUCUGUGUCAGGAAAACUAAAGACCCUGGAAUCUUCCACAGAGGCAACCAGUGGAUCUACCACAAUGACUAGGGUCAGCAAGGAACCUUCUGACACUUGUGCUGCAUUUGAAUCUAUAGCCAAAGAAAAUUCCCUUUUAGGGGAAGAUGAUGACUUUGUUGACUUGGAAGAACUUUCUUCUCAAACUGAUAGUGGAAUGGACAAAAGAGACACCUCAAAGGAGUGCCUUACUCUUGAUCCAGAAGAGCUAAGGAAGGCUAAGUCACAAAUAAUCAGUUCUACUACAAAAAUGCAGGUGCAGUCAGCCCUGAGCUUUUCCGGAACAGAUAGUGAUGCUGAGCUGAAGGGGGCCCUAGAUUUAGAAACCUGUGAGAAGCAAGAUAUAAUGCCAGAGGUGGACAAGCAGUCUGGUUCCCCAGAAAGCCAGGUGGAAAACACACUGAACAUACAUGAAGAUCUAGAUAAAGUUAAACUCAUUGAAUAUUACCUUAAUAAGAACAAAGAAGGGUCGCAGUUCUCUGAAAACUUGCAGAAGGCAGAACUAAGUGAUGGCAAAAGUAUUGAGCCAGUGGGAAUAGAUAUCACCCUUAGUAGUUCUCUUCCCCAGGUAGGUGGUCCCCCAACUGAGGACAGUAAGGAGCCAGAUAAAACCUGGAUGAAAGAGAGAGUGUCCCUCCCACUGCAACUGGCGUCUUCCACAGAAGAAAAUAUGAAUAAAGAGUCUCUAGACAUCUCUUCAGAAUCUACUCUGGACAACAGCUGCCAAGGCGCACAAAUGGAUAAUAAGUCCGAAAUUCAGUUGUGGCUGUUAAAGAGAAUUCAGGUACCCAUUGAAGAUAUACUUCCUUCAAAAGAAGAGAAAAGCAAGACCCCACCCAUGUUUCUGUGCAUUAAAGUAGGAAAACCAAUGAGAAAAUCCUUUGCCACUCACACUGCAGCCAUGGUCCAGCAGUAUGGCAAACGAAGAAAGCAGCCAGAGUACUGGUUUGCUGUUCCUCGGGAGAGGGUGGAUCAUUUGUACACGUUCUUUGUUCAGUGGUCUCCUGACGUCUAUGGGAAAGAUGCCAAAGAGCAAGGCUUUGUGGUCGUGGAAAAGGAAGAACUGAAUAUGAUCGACAACUUCUUCAGUGAGCCAACCACCAAGAGCUGGGAGAUCAUCACCGUUGAGGAGGCAAAGCGCAGGAAGAGCACCUGCAGCUACUAUGAAGAGGACGAUGAAGUGGCCCUACCAGUCCUGCAGCCCCAUAGCGCGCUCCUGGAGAACAUGCACAUCGAGCAGCUGGCCCGACGCCUUCCAGCAAGGGUACAAGGGUAUCCAUGGAGACUUGCAUAUAGCACAUUAGAGCAUGGGACCAGUUUGAAAACUCUUUAUCGGAAGUCAGCAUCGCUAGAUAGUCCUGUCCUGUUGGUCAUCAAAGAUAUGGAUAAUCAGAUUUUUGGAGCAUAUGCAACUCAUCCUUUCAAGUUCAGUGACCACUAUUACGGCACAGGCGAAACUUUUCUCUACACAUUUAGCCCCAAUUUCAAGGUCUUUAAGUGGAGCGGAGAAAACUCAUACUUUAUUAACGGAGACAUAAGUUCUUUGGAACUUGGUGGUGGAGGGGGACGAUUUGGUUUAUGGCUAGAUGCUGAUUUAUACCAUGGACGAAGCAACUCCUGCAGCACUUUCAAUAAUGAUAUUCUUUCCAAAAAGGAAGACUUCAUAGUUCAAGACCUCGAGGUAUGGACAUUCGAGUGAAAUUCAGACUGCCUUAAAAUACCACAUUAAAAAGAUUGGGUUCCGUCAGCCCUCCUAAAGCUGGCUGGAAGACCUAGCCACAGCCCAGACUGCUUCAUCCCACCAUAAUGCUUUCUUUCUGCCAUCAUCUCAGAGCAUGGUCACAUUGCAGAGAGUUUCUGAAAGGUCCAUGUGGAGGGCAGACAACAAAGAAAGAAUUUUGAAGUCCGGAUUGUUGAAAGACUUUAUGCUCCCACUUCCUUCAAAUCCAUGCAGUGAGGAAUCAAAAUAUUUAUAGAUGUAUGAGUUGAAUGCUAUUUUUAUUUUUGGUAACUGUGAAAAAAAAAGAUACUGUGGAAAUAUAUACAUGCCUUGUGUAUUUAUCAACAUAAUUUUCAUUACCAAAAUGUACAGCAUACUAUUGUUUGCCAUGGAAAAGCUUAGUUUCACUUAGAAAAAUUGGAAGUGCUCAGCACUGAAAGGGAAUAUAUGAUUUUUUUAAUUGUCUUAUUUAUUAUUUCUAGAAUAUUGUCUAAAAUGUGUUGGCAGUUUUUCUUUUAAUGUGUCAAAUCUUGAAAUAAAGAAAUGUAUACAUUUUGUGCUGUUUUGGCAACAAACCCAUUUGAUUUAUAUAGUUUUAUAUUGAAUUUUCUUUUGCCCUGAUUGUUUAGGGUGAUAGGUCUUAAGCAGCAUAUUCUGAAUUUUUAAAAACUCAUUACCAAUGUUUAUUGAUUUGACUAUUGUAGGCCAUCUUUCCAUUUAGCCAUUAAAAAGAUACAUUUUUACUUACUCUGAACAUAAUUGUUGUAAAGAAGAAGCCAUUUCUCACAGUUGUAAAUUGAUAUUUACAGAAAUGGAUACCUUUCUGAAUCUAGACUUAGAACAAACCCUGCUUUGAACAGAAAGUGUUUUGCUUCUUAUAAUAUCAUGUGUGUUAAUAACAAAAACUUUAUUUUCAUAGUGUUUUGUGCAUAAUUUCCCCCAAGUUCUUAAAUUAAUGAACAGGCCUCUGUUUUCAAAGAGACUGAAUGUUUUCAUUUCUGCAUAUUUUAUACCAAAUGAAAAAUGUCAAAUUAGCCCAAUUGUCUUGGUUUCUAGACUCUUUCAUUUGAGAAAAAGCAAUGCAAAGAAAUGCAUUCAUACAAAAAUUGGAAUAAAAAGUAAAAACUAUUUCUAACAUUAACCCAUUUUCACAUCAUAAAAUAUUCUUUGUUAAAAAUGCUAAUAAAGCCUUGGUAAAAACUAAACAAUAUUACUGAUUGCCAAACUUUUAUGAAAGCCAAAGACUGCUAAUGGAAAAAAAUUCUAAAUAAUAGACAAAGCUGAGAAGUGGUCUGUCAUAAAUUACACCUCCUGUGAUCUUUGAAAGGGAACAUAAAUAACAAGUAGUAUUUAUAUACCUGCAUUUAAAAAAAUGAAACCAUCUUUAGAAUGUAGCCUUAAGCUGGCAUAAUAUUUCCUAAUUUUGAUUAUUCUCUUAUUAGAAUAUUUACAAAAGAGAACAAAUGCCAAGUGGCCUCCUGUCAGAUCAGCAAUUAUUUUACCCUACUCACAUUCCAUGCAAGUUGAAAUGAAUUCUAUUAAAUCUUAAAUAUAUAGCCUGGUGUGCUUUCACCCAGGUUCUCUUAUUGACAACUCUUGAUUAACAACAUAUUGACAGUUUAACCUUAAUCUGCUCGUUAAAUGGUGUGUUGGUGUGAGAUAUCAGGAAUGUCUCAUGAUGAUCAAGUUUACCAUUUAUGCCAUUUGCAACCAUAUGCUAUUAAUGAACAAAAUGGUCUUUUUGCAUAUAGUUCACUCCUACCUAGUUUAGUCCAUGAUAUUAUACUUGUGAGAGCAUAUCCAGAUGCUGUGUUCUCUAUUUAAAACAGUAUUGUCCAAUCAGAAAUGUGUGGCCCUUCAUUUAUGGAUAUUGAGUAUAUGUAAUGCAGUGCUAGCCCAAUAUUUUCAAUAAAGGAAUUUAUGCAUCCAG